GAGGAGAAAGAAGAAAGGAGAAAGUUUCUCUUUUUCCUUCCCUGUCCACAGCGGUCUUGUUGCGCUGAAAGAGAGUGAUUAGCCCAAGAUGGCCAACGGCCCACUGAACUACGCUCACCACGUCCACCGCACCGACCUGCAAUCCUUGGUGGAGAAGAUCAUCCGGACUCGAAUUUACGAGUCCAAGUACUGGCAGGAGGAGUGCUUCGGGCUCACCGAUGAGCUGCUCGCGGACAAAGCCACGGAACUGAGGUCUGUAGGGGGUGUCUAUGGCCCCAACAUCCAGCCAACACCGUUCCUCUGCCUCACCUUGAAGAUGCUGCAGAUACAGCCCGAGAAAGCUGUCGUCGUUGACUUCAUUAGAAAUGAAGAUUUCGAGUAUGUCCGCGCAUUGGGGGCCUUGUACGUGAGGCUGACGGGCACGGUCAGUGACUGCAAUAAGUAUCUUGGACCUCUGCUCAAUGACUAUCGAAAAAUGACUAUCCAGAACCGAAACGGAGACUUUGAACUGAUGCGCGUCAAUGAGUUUAUCCAUCGAUUGCUGCACAGUGAGCGGGUCUGUGACAUCAGGCUGCCCCAGCUCCAGAAGCGCCGUGUCCUGAAAGAAACUGGUCCACUGGGACUUCGAAUCAACUUCUUGCGGGAGGAGACUGAGGAUGUGAACUUCAGUGAGGAAGAAGACACGCACCCAGCCUGGCUAGAAACGAAUCCAUCUGGGUAUCAUCGUCGACAAACUUACAGAGACUGGGACAAGCCGAGUCAGUCCCCCGCGUGGCGUCUAUCUCGGAGCCGGUCCCCCGGGCGGGAUCUAUCUCGGAGUCGGUCCCCCGCGCGGUGUCUAUCUCAGAGUCGGUCCCCCGCGCGGUGUCUAUCUCGGAGCCGGUCCCUGGGGCGGAGCCGAUCCCGGGCCCGGUCACUGCGUUACUGUUCCUUAUCAAAAUCUCCUGGCCACCAGCCAAGCCACAGACACUCAAAGUCCCCUGAAACGUUGAAGAAAAAUCACAGAAAUAGUAGACUGUACUGUCACGUACUUAGAACCGGAAAUUUCCUGAUGUGUAAAUUAAAUUAA